AUGUCAGUACCAAAAGCGGUAACCCCGAGCUACACUCGGGCUUACCAAUGCGGCACUGCAUAGGGAGUCCCUGCAGAGCUUACCUUGUCCUGCGCUCCCACGAUGUGUCCCUUGCAGCAUACCCGGCCAUCUCCUCCGGCCGAUGCCGGCAUCCGGCUUCUGUGUUCCGGUCUCUGUGACGUCGGGAAGCACGGGCGCCGCCGGCGCGGGCGGGAAAUUUCAAAAUUUUAAAAAAUGUCAUUUUUUUUUCAAAACAAAUUUUUCAUAUGCUUUGUCCUGUGCCCUGUCUGCAUUUUGUCUGUUCUUUCUG